AUGGCUGCAGUCUAUCGGUUUUGUUUGGCUCUAGAGUUGUACGUUCUAUUUCUGUCGUCGUCAGUUUCGUCGGUGAAAAUAGCGCCUUGGAUACCCAGCCGGGACGCCGCGGAAUGGAUCAACUCUGCAGUCACUGCCGACCUCAGCGACGAGUCGCGCCGCACUUUCGCCGUUGCAGCGAGGAAAGUUCCCGCCGCCGUGUCUGACGGUUUUCGCCGUCUCUUCACGGAAGACAUCGACUCCGCAGCCGUCGCCGCUUACGACAGCCGGUGUUUGAGGGAUUUCUCAGAGCUUAUGCAGAUACCUGGAGAGAACCUGUUCGGCGCAUCAAAGGGCGUGGAAGCAAUCGACGCGAUGGGGAAACCGGGCGCCGACCUCCUCUACGGAGGCUUCGUCUUUAUGGCGGGAAGUUUCGACGAAUGCAUGAACAUCGGCGAAAGAGUGAAGUUUUGGUCCGCGCCCAUUACCGCUUACAUUGUCGUAAAGCCACCCCCAAACCCUACAUUCGUUCCCAUAGGAAUCAGGUUUGGAAUGUGUGUCCCAGUUUCAUGUGAUUCAGAGGAUUUUCAGUACUUCAUCAACCAAUCAAAUGCCUUUAUUCUGAAAUACGAACCGACGUUCUUUCUCGGAGGUGACUUCAGUCAAGUCGUCGAGACAAAGAGUCGCACGACGCCUCUCACGACCGGCGCAAUAAUCAUGAUCACCGUUUGCUGCAUUUUCCUAGCACUUGCCAUAUUCGGUACCGUCGCAGAUGUGGGCGUUAAAACCUUGAAAGAAUUUUCCAAAAAACUCAACAGUUCGUCUGUCAAUCGCAACCCCGCAAUUGACUCUGAAGAAAGUUCUCCUCUUUUGGGACGACCUAGGCAGAGACGCAUGGCUCACCCUGGCGGCGUCUUCUUCGAAACGUUUCGUCCUCUGGAUUUCAUUACUGCAUUCUCUGUUUUCAAGAACGUGGGGAUCAUCCUUUCGACGAGACAGCCUCCGACGGCCAUUACUAGUCUGAACGGUAUCCGUGUCAUCAGCAUGGGCUGGGUCAUUCUCUGCCACACCUUUCUCUGGUGCUACGGAAUCACCUCUAACCCACUCUACGUCGUUUCCAGUGUAGCCCCUCGAUUUUCGGCUCAACCAAUCGUGAACGGAUAUUUCUCAGUCGACAGUUUCUUUUUCCUGAGCGGUACUCUCGUGGCUUACCUUACGCUGAGAGAGAUGGAGAAGAAGAAGGGGCGGUUCCCGGUAAUUACCUACUAUAUUCACCGCUACCUUCGACUCACAAUGGUCUAUGCCUUUGUUCUUUUUUUCUGGUGGACCCUAACCGUCUACCUUGGGAAUGGCCCCGAGUGGUAUUUACUAGCAGGCAAAGGCAGUGCAAACUACGAAGCCUGCAACAAGUACUGGUGGACAAAUAUGCUCUACAUCAACAACUUCUACCCGUGGAAGCUAGGGGACGAAUGUAUGGGGUGGACCUGGUACCUUGCUAACGACAUGCAGUUUUUCAUUCUCGCUCCGCUGGUCUUGAUACCGCUGUAUUUCUUCUUCCCAAUUGGCCUUGCCAUUGCAGCCAUCAUGCUGUGUGCAACCUUGUCUACCAACGGAGCCAUUGCGGGCACUCAGAAGUUUCUCGCCAAUACGGAUCUCCCUGACCCAAGCAACGUGAACCAAUCGGACGAUAUCUACGUGAAGCCUUACUGCAGGGCCGCUCCGUAUCUCGUGGGUAUAGUGCUAGGGUUCAUACUUUUCAAGAAGGUCCGCGUGAAGAUUCACUGGCUACUGGAUACAGGGAUCUAUGCGGUCAUUUGGAUAAUUGCUGCGGGGUGCUGCUACUCUGUGGUUUAUGGGCUCUACGACUCGUUUAACGGUCACGAGCUGACCGAAGCACAGAACGUUUCGUACAUCAUGUUUAGUCGUUUCACCUGGGGUGUUGGCCUCGCUCUGAUAGUGUUUGCCUGCCACAAUGGGUACGGAUGGAUCGUGAAUGACUUCCUAUCGAUGAAGCUGUGGAUUCCACUCAGCAGGCUCUCCUACACUGCAUAUCUCGUCCACCCGAUUGUUCUAAGCGUCACAAUAUACACCACUCGAAGCACUGUGGCAUAUACCGACUUCUUCAUCGCAGUGUACGCCGUGGCAAUGGUUGUCCUGUCUUUCGCGGUAGCUGGCGUGGUUGCUGUUUUCGUCGAGUUUCCUCUCUCCAGUUUAGAGAUGGCUGUUUUCAAACUCGUUGGGCUGAAGCCAAGAGAGAGUGUGAGGCGGAUGGGAUCUGACCAGAAUCGUGUUUCACCGGCUCUAAAUCCCCCUGAGGACACAAGGAAGGUUACUUAUUAA